AUGGCUUUUCAAGAUAUUGUCUUGUGGCUCAUUGGGUUUUAUUAUAAGAUCUUUUCAAGGGUCGACUAUAAAGAUAGUCGCGUCAACGAGAGCGCGCCCGGGAAAUUAAUUAAGGAAAAGGAUAGUUCAGUAGAAGCCCGAGCUCAACCGCUUGCUCUGGACAGCGCUGAUCGGCUAGCUUUGGAUCAAUUCCAGAUCAAUUCGCUCUUGAAGAAUGAGAGGUAUUACAGAGACUGUCGCCAGUGGCAGAACCUGAGGAACUGCUACCAUCCUAGCCCGUCCAAGACUCGCAUACAGGUUGGGGCAUUUCAGGGCAACAUCGAUGGUUUCAUGAACCUCUCACAAAUGAGCAGUCCGCCUGGCCUCAAAAUACUCCAUCUUGUAGAUGCUGUGGAUAUUGAGGUUCAAGGGUCAAAAGCCGUCGCUGUUGGGCUAGACACGACUCUCAACCGAUUCGAGCACCAAGGCAGUGAGCUUGACUUGACUAACAUCUCUCGUACGAUCUCUCGCCUUGAGAAGGUUGAGGGUAAGGGCUGGAAGAUCUGCUCCUGGGAGACCAUAUACAACCGAGACACUCUGGUGCCUGUAGACCCAAAUACUACUACGUUGCCUGAGAUCGGAGAAUCUGUCAAGGGCCGAAAGAGCUAUCGACAUUUAGCAUGGUUCAUUUCCCAGAAGGGGGUGAAGAUGCCAGAUACCUUGGCUGGUGAUGAUGACCCGAGUACUGUUGGAAAAGUCCUCAAGGAGACUCAAGAAUGGCUCAAGACAGAGCUGUCAGAAGCCUGCAAUAAUUACAAGCCGACUGCAGCUCUAGAGCCCAGCCCAGAACGAGAUGCGAUCCUUCACAAAGCGCGAGAGAUCACGCUGGCACUGACCUCACCACUGCACUUCACAAGGACCCAGAUUGGGAACAUGUACGCGUUGACGAGCCUGCGGACAAUCCUGCACCUUGGGAUCCUUCAGCGCAUCCCGUCGUCAGGGAGCAUAUCUAUUGAGGCUCUGGCUCGUCAAAGCGGGAUUCAAUCCUCACUGCUUGAGAGACUGCUACGAGUGCUUGUGAUCACGCAGUUUAUCACGCAGAACGACGAAGGAAAGAUAGCCCACACUCGUCUCUCUCGGUCCUAUGGCGCAGCAAUGGGCCCCGCCAUGAUGUUCCAGACAACGUAUGAUGACUGUUUGCCUGGACUUGGUCGUUUGCACCAAUAUAUGACUGAGCGAAGGUCGUUUACGGAGCCAACGGACCAAGCUUACAAUCCUUUCACUUGGAGCCGGGGCCAGGAUGGCCGGACGGUGUGGGACAUUAUGGCCGAAACGAGGGGACUCGAGGUUUUUCAAAUGGCCCUGGCAACCAUGGACAAGAAAUUCCCUGCCACUGGUUUCUUUGACUUCGGCUCGCUCGCCACAGAUGAUGAGCCGGAUCGAGUGAUUUUGGUGGAUGUGGGCGGCGGCAUAGGCCGCACGCUCGGAGCCAUCAUCAAGUCGAGCCCUGAGCUGGAGAAAAAGCAGGCAAGAUUUAUUCUGCAGGACCUCGAAGAUCCCAUCAAGCAGGCGCAGAAGUCGGGAUUUCUUCCCUCGGGCGUUCGUGCCAUGGCACACAACAUGUUCGAGGCGCAGCCGGUCAAAGGUGCCAAAGCAUACUAUCUGCGCCGAGUACUCCAUGACUACUCCGACGAUAAGUGCGUAGAGAUUCUGAAGCAUCUCAUUGCAGCUGCGAAAGAAGACACUGUCUUCCUCAUCUCCGAAAUGAUGGUCCCGGCGAGUAUGGGUGAAAGUGAGCUUCCUAUCAUCUGUAUGGAUAUGUCAAUGAUGAAUAUGGGUGGGAAAGAAAGGUCAGAGAAGCAGUGGAUCAAGGUUUUAGAUGCUUCUGGUUUGGAACUCAGAAAUGUGUGGAAAGGCUUUGGUACAGACCGGCUGCUCGAGACUCGUCUUGCAAAAACCUAG